GAUACGUAAACUGCUGCAGAAACGUACAUAUCAAGGGCUGUGCAACCAUGAUUAAAGGUCUAACAAUGCAUGUUUUGUUUGAAUAAAUAUUUCGAACUCCAACACGACGUGUCAAUUUAUGAAAUAAUUUAGGUAUAUGGUGGGUCUAUCCUUGGGACAGUAUAAUGGACAUUGUUUUGUACAAGUGUCCGUGUUAGCGCUUCCGUAGCAAUAGAGUCCUAUAAAGGCAGCAACUGUCACCCCCUUCUUGAACGUUGAUCAGUAGGUCUGUAGAGCUUAACGUGCAAGUCCCUGACUGAUUAGCAAGCUUUCUAACACGAUGGCAAGUGUUGAAACAUCGUCCAGCAGGCCCUACCAUAUCAUUAUUUACGGAGCUUCUGGUUUUACUGGUCAGUAUGUGGUCGAGGAGGUGGCACGAACGGUCUCGGAGGGUCCGAGUGGGACCCUGAGAUGGGCUGUCGCAGGCAGAAGCAAGGCGAAACUGGAGAAAGUUCUGGAGCAGGCGGCAGGCGCACUGAGUAAACCAGAGCUGAGGACAGUAGACAUCAUUGUGUCAGAUGUAAAAGAACCAGACUCAUUGGCAGCAAUGUGCAAACAGGCUGUGAUUGUCCUCAACUGUGUGGGGCCUUACAGGUUCUAUGGUGAACCGGUAGUCAAGGCCUGUGUAGAGAAUGGAGCCCAUUGCCUUGACAUCUCUGGGGAGCCUCAGUUUCUAGAGGGCAUGCAACUGAACUACCACAGCGAGGCAGCUAAGAAGGGAGUGUACAUCGUAGGAAGCUGUGGCUUUGACUCCAUCCCUGCUGACAUGGGAGUCCUCUACACCAGGGACCAGUUCAGGGGUACACUGACAGCAGUUGAAAGCUUCCUCACGGCCAGUGCAGGACCAGAGGGCGCCAGCAUCCACGACGGUACGUGGCAGUCGGCCGUCUAUGGUGUCGCUGACGGCGCCAGUCUCCGCAGCCUCAGGAGGAAGUUCAAAUACCAGCCACUUCCUGUAGUCGGGGCUAAGAUUAAACGACGGAGCGCCCUGUUCUACAGCAAUGAAGUGCAGCAGUAUGCGGUGCCCUUCAUGGGCACAGACCCGUCUGUAGUGAAGAGAACGCAGCGCUUUCUGGCCGAGGAGCAGCAAGAGUCGCCCGUCCAGUAUGGUGCAUAUGCAGGAGUAGGAGGAGUGGGUAACAUCAUCAAGAUGCUGGUUGCUGGCAUGAUGUUCAUGUUACUGAUCAAGUUCAACUUUGGACGCAACCUACUCAUCAAGUACCCAGAAUUCUUCUCCUUUGGUUUCUUCACAAAGGCCGGACCAACCAAAAGUCAGAUGAAGGACUCAUCCUUCCAGUUUGCCUUCUACGGAGAAGGUUACACCGAGGGAAAAGACCCUUCCCAGGGAAAACCUGAUGGCAAGAUUCGUACUCUGGUCCAGGGGCCCGAGGCUGGGUAUGUAGCUACCCCCAUCGCCAUGGUACAGGCAGCGCUCACCAUCCUCAAUGAACCCAAUGCUCUGCCCAGGACGGGAGGAGUCUACACUCCCGGAGCAGCUUUCGGCAAGACUACGCUGAUCGACCGCCUCCACAAACAUGGCAUCCAGUUCUCCGUGAAAUAGAGGUUGACUCCUAAACGAUGUUGUCCUUCUUCAACAGUUGAUAAACAUGAAUUUUCUCUUGAUGGAUCCCAUAUGAAUCCAAACUGACGUUUAGAAUAGUGUAGACCCAAAUGAGUACAUGAACGAGAAGAUGGAUUUAGCUUGAGUCCAGGCUCCGGAGACGUCCGUUUCCUCCCCUUCUGAUAUCAUUUGAUUACCGUAGAUUACCGAGUCUCAUUUGGUUGAACAUGCCAUUGACCUUCUGCCAAAUGGACCGCAUGCCCAUUGCAUCAUAUGUUUACCGGAGAAAAACUGGCAUGAAAUAGGUUUA